UGGUUAAUCAUUCAGAACUCAGAACUGCACUAAGAUGGAAGUGGUGGGAUUGCUGAGCAACCUCACUCCGUUGAAAACAGAUGCGCAGCUCCGGAAUUCUCGCCCAAUCCCAUCUUUCCGGCAUUAUCUCACCGUCAGAGCUUCUCUUAACCAAUCUCAGGAAGGAAGUUACGGAGGGCCAAAGACGAGGAGGGAAUGGGUGGCUCAUUGGGUGUCCAACAAGGACGGGGCCGUUCGGAGUGUGCCAGUAUAUGUUGGGGGGGUCUCCUUAUUGGCCGUUCUCGUCAAUCGCGCCAUCUCUGGCAUUGCGCCCGUAGCUGAUGCCAGCAGUUCACAAUCCAGAGCAGAUUUGUUAACAAUUGGAUUGGCUGUUACCAACAUCUUGAAUGGUCUCGUGUGGCUCUCCAUCAAACCAAAGUCAAUAUCUGUUGUAGAUCCUAUAGGUGUGGAUUGCCAAAAAAUUGCUUCUGGUGUUCCUGCGCUUGUAAUUUCUGAAUUGCUUUGGUACUUGCCUGAUUGUUAAAAAUAUCCCAUGAAUCGUUUUGUUCUGUUUGUAUGCCUGGGCAUGGGAUUCUCUAUCAAAUGUGACAUGCUGCAGGUCUCUAAUUAUUGUUUAUGAUAGCAAAUGUAUCUCUCAAAUGGGAAUUUCUUCUGUCUCUUCAUCUGAUGGAGCAAUCCCUGUUGACGCUAAAAAAUUGAUGCAAGGGUCACUUUAUCAAGAUGUUACGAAGUCUGGAUCACAGAGGUAUUUGGCCAACUUAUCUCUGUACCCCGGGAAGUCAGAGUUACCCUUUUUGCCUUUGAAUACACAGUCUGUAAUCUUGCAACCUGUUGGAGAAAAAGGAAUUGCCAUAAUUGGUGGUAAUGUAGUCCGAGGAUUUACAACUUCAGAUCAGGCAUGGAUCACUUUGAUUGGGGAAAAAUUAGAUGCCACACUAGAAAAAGUUGUGGGUGAUGACAUCUCUGCUGGAGGUCUAACAAGCAUAGUUGGUGAAGACAAACCUGGAGAAAUACUACUAUGAUAUUCAUGGCAUCGGUUUGUGAGUAGGAUUUGGAAAUUGGAAUAGGCUUGUUGGGUGAUCUUCUUUAGCGCUCUAUUAGUCAUUAGUUGGGGGACUUUCUUUGACUCUUUGUUAUCAGUGGAGCACAAUUAUAUUUGUUGUAUGGAUGGAUUUCUUAUUAAUUAUUUUGUUUCCUAGAUAGAAAGCUGCAUAAGGAGAUACUUCAGCGUUUCAGUGAGGUAAAAAAACGCAGAAAAUUAGCAUAAAAAUGUCAGGGGGAUAGUUUUUGGAUUCCAGGGUGUGUUUUUGGGAUAUCAACAAACGUAAUCAAAAACCCGUACACGUUUGUUCCAUUCCUUUCACAGUCCGGUUCCUUUUUUUGAAAUAUCAGAGGGCUUUGAUUACCAGCAGUGGUACUUAGCAAGGAAGCAAUACA